CAGAUAAAUAAAAUAAGUCGACAAGAAAGAAAAUAGAAAGUACGAAAAAGGAACAGAGGAAACCAGUGUCAUUAUUAUUCAGCUCCGAGCUGCGUUUUUCUUUCUUCCGAUUCUAACAUACCCAAUCUUCAAUCAGGUUGUCGGUGAUGCAAUUGUUGGUUUUGUGGUGAGAGAAGAAGGUGUUGGGGGCGAUAAUUUGCACUUGGUUUGUCUUUUUCUGAUGGCUCACGACUUAACGGGGCAGCUUGUGGGUUCAGAGAUACAUGGGUUUCACACCUUGCAGGAUCUGGAUGUUAGUAAUACUAUGGAGGAAGCAAAAAGCAGAUGGCUUCGUCCAAAUGAGAUACAUGCCAUACUCUGUAAUCACAAAUAUUUCAAGAUCAAGGCCAAGCCAGUGCAUUUGCCCGAAAGUGGUACUAUUGUACUAUUUGACCGCAAGAUGCUUAGAAAUUUCAGAAAAGAUGGGCACAAUUGGAAAAAGAAAAGCGAUGGGAAAACUGUUAAAGAAGCUCACGAACACUUAAAAGUGAGGAUUUCAUUUCCUGGUUGUUUAUUUAAAGUUUGGUGUUAGCAGCUACUCCAUUCU